CUCCAAUCAUCGUGAUUUCUAUUGUUUUGUCAUUAUUACUUUAUUAGGUUAACUAACUAACCACCUAUCUACUAGCAGUUCUCUCCAACACAAGCGCAUUGUGGCUUCCGAAACCCGAGAUCCGUCCCUCCUUCGGUUCUCGUCCUGCUUCCUUUAACAAGAGACUCUUCUCCCCCAUAUUUCCUUCUACUCCACCCCACCUACCUACCUACCUUCGACAUUUUCCCCUCGUUUAUUGUUACCAAGGCUUGAAUAGCAUAGCAAGGGGGGAGAAUGGCUUCCUCUGUUCUGCCAGUCGCGCUGCAGAACAAGCUGCUGGGCUAUAGCAAAACUCACGGCGCUCAGCUGGCUAUCCUAAACUUGGAUUUGAUUCGAAAUCUUAUCUUCAUUCUCUUCCUCUUCCGCUACGUUCGCAAGACAUUCUAUUUCCUCCGAGGCUACGGUCUCUUUGGCGGCAUCCGCCAUGUUUUCCUGUCGAUUCGCCUUUUCUGUUACUCUGUCUUCCUACGUGUCCCCGGAGUCCGCGGGCAAGUCGAUAAGCAGGUUUCAACGGCCAUUGAGAAUCUCGAAUCGAAGCUCGUAGCAUCUGGACCUGGCGUUACCCGAUUUUUGACCCUGCCCAAGGAGGCAUGGACCCCCGAGCAGAUACGCGCCGAACUCGACAAGCUUGCGAAUAUGGAACAUACAAGAUGGGAAGAUGGUCGGGUUAGUGGUGCAGUGUACCACGGUGGCAAGGACCUGUUGAAGAUCCAGGCCGAGGCCUUUGAGCAAUUCGGUGUCGCGAAUCCAAUCCACCCUGAUGUUUUCCCUGGUGUGCGCAAGAUGGAGGCGGAGAUCGUCGCAAUGGUGCUUGCUUUGUUCAAUGGUCCUUCUGAUGGCGCCGGUGUUACGACCAGCGGUGGUUCUGAAUCUAUUCUUAUGGCCUGUCUUGGGGCGCGUCAGAAGGCGUUUACCGAACGAGGUGUGACUGAGCCCGAAAUGAUUAUUCCCGAUACCGCACAUGCUGCCUUCAUCAAGGCCUCUAAUUACUUUGGGAUCAAGUUGCACCGCGUUCCCUGUCCUGCUCCUGAGUAUAAGGUCGAUAUUGCUGCCGUGCGACGACUGAUCAACCCCAACACUGUUCUGCUUGUUGGGUCUGCACCAAACUUCCCUCACGGAAUGGUUGAUGAUAUCCCGGCUUUGUCCCGACUCGCCACGUUUUACAAGGUCCCUCUCCACGUCGACUGCUGCUUGGGUUCUUUUGUCAUCGCCCACCUCAAGAAGGCAGGGUUCCCUUCGCCAUAUGAAGAAGAGGGCGGUUUCGAUUUCCGCCAACCAGGAGUAACCAGUAUCAGUGUUGACACCCACAAAUACGGAUUCGCCCCUAAGGGUAACUCGGUCCUCUUGUAUCGCAACCGGGUAUAUCGCAGCCAUCAGUAUUUCAUUUACCCCGACUGGUCUGGCGGUGUCUACGCAUCUCCCGGCGUCGCUGGUUCCCGCCCUGGUGCCUUGAUUGCAGGCUGCUGGGCCAGUCUCAUGAGCGUUGGAGAAGCUGGAUAUAUUAAAAGCUGUCUUGAUAUUGUCAAUGCGGCUAAGAAGUUCGAAUCAUCCAUCAUGGAGGACGAACGACUCUCCAACCACCUUGGAAUUGUGGGAAAGCCCAUGGUCAGUGUUGUUGCGUUCGAAUGCAAGAACCCUGCUAUCUAUAUCUACGAUAUUGCAGAUGAUUUAUCGGCGAAAGGCUGGCACCUCAACGCCCUUCAAUCUCCUCCGGCGAUCCAUGUAGCUUUCACCAUCCCCACGGCCGCUGCCGUCGAUAAGCUCACUUCGGACCUGGUUGAGGUUGUUGGCAAGGAACUGGAAAAGGCCGAGGAGAGGAAGCGACAGGGCAAGUCAUAUAUCAUCAAACGCGGUGACACUGCAGCCCUUUAUGGUGUGGCUGGAAGCAUGCCUGACAAGAGCAUUGUGAGCCGCCUUGCAGAAGGCUUCCUUGACACGUUAUACAAAGCUUAAAACUGGCUUCGGCCACAUUCCCGAAUACUUGUACUGUUAAUAUGCAUCCAAGAGUGUGAGGUGUCCCACGUAAGAUGGGGGUUUUUACUCCCGGGUGACCCUGAUCUUCUCUCAUCACAUAAGGGGGAAACGGUGUUAUGGUGUUGAAGGUUAUUGUUCUGUUUUCUAACCUCCUAGACUGAAAAUCUUUAUCUUUACCACGCCCCUCCCAGGCAUUUUCAGGGUAAAUUCUUAUAAGUUCAAGAUUUCCAGAUUUUGAGAAGUAUUGUAACAAUAGAUGUAUAUAGUACAGUGACAAAAAUAUAAGGCAUCGCUUCAUGCAAUCAAGGAAGCCAGU